AAUUGUUAAAGUUUAUGUUUUCCUCUUCUUUUUUUAGUGGUUCAGUUCAGUUGAUAACAAGUAGAUAAACCCAGUUGAUGAUUUUGCCUGGCUCGGGCGUAGCUAGCUCUUAUUUAACUUUUGUGGCUGCUAUUUUUUUCAAUCUCCAAGACUCCACCGAGUUUUGUUCUUGAUAUUGUCAGUUACUCAUCAUGAUUCUUCCCUGUCAGAAGUCAGAACCUCAUUCCACUUGUUUUUGUCUACAAACCACAAUCCAUCCAUAAAGUUUCUUACUUUCUCUUCUUCUUGGGCACCACAGCAGGUCCAGGAGCAGCAGCCAUCUUGAUUCUUGUGACGAUAAUGGUGCUGAAGGUGGACCUUCAGUGUCACAAAUGCUAUAAGAAGGUCAAAAAAGUUCUCUGCAAAUUCCCUCAAAUACGAGACCAGAUAUACGACGAGAAGCAAAACCAGGUGGUCAUCAAAGUGGUAUGCUGCAGUCCAGAGAAGAUAAGGGACAGGAUAUGCUGCAAAGGUGGGGGAGCCAUCAAGAGCAUUGAGAUCAAAGAGCCUCCCAAACCGCCGCCGCCAGAGAAACCCAAACCACCGCCGCCAGAGCAACCUAAACCACCGCCGCCGCCGCCGCCAGAGAAACCCAAACCACCACCGCCGCCAGAGCAACCCAAACCACCGCCGCCGCCGCCAGAGAAACCCAAACCACCACCGCCGCCAGAGCAACCCAAACCACCGCCGCCGCCGCCAGAGAAACCCAAACCACCACCGCCGCCAGAGCAACCCAAACCACCGCCGCCGCCGCCAGAGAAACCCAAACCACCACCGCCGCCAGAGCAACCCAAACCACCGCCGCCGCCGCCAGAGAAACCCAAACCACCACCGCCGCCAGAGCAACCCAAACCACCGCCGCCGCCGCCAGAGAAACCCAAACCACCACCGCCGCCAGAGCAACCCAAACCACCGCCGCCGCCGCCAGAGAAACCCAAACCACCACCGCCGCCAGAGCAACCCAAACCACCGCCGCCGCCGCCAGAGAAACCCAAACCACCACCGCCGCCAGAGCAACCCAAACCACCGCCGCCGCCGCCAGAGAAACCCAAACCACCACCGCCGCCAGAGCAACCCAAACCACCGCCGCCGCCGCCAGAGAAACCCAAACCACCACCGCCGCCAGAGCAACCCAAACCACCGCCUGUUCCUGUAUGUUACCCACCGCCUUACCCAGUAAACGCGUGCUGUAUGGAUUGUUACCAUGGGCAUCCUGGUGGGCCAUGCCAGACUGGCUAUGGCGGAGUAGGCCCAUACAUCCAGUAUGAUGGUUACUAUGGAAGGCCUGUGUACGACAGUUAUGGUGGUGGCAGGAGCUACAAUACUAACUAUUGUGUUGCCCGCUCUGACUGUUUCAGUGAAGAAAAUCCCCAAGGCUGCACAGUCAUGUGACUGGGAAUAUGGUGCACUGCGGAAUAUUGUUGAGGUCAAGUUCAUUUGGG